AUGAGCGCAGGAGGAACUCUGAAAUCUAUGGACAAGAAUAAACAUACUGAUACGAAGAUAAGUGAUGACGACUGUGAGAACAAGUGUCAUAUGAAAAAAGACUACAAUAACAGUCACAUGAAUAAUGAAGGAAAAAGCGGUACAAAAGGAAAGAAUUUAAAAAAUGAACGAGAAAAUAAUGAAAUAAGUGAUAAGUAUAUUAAAUAUUUAGAGUGUAUAAAAAAUAAUUGGUCUUCUUCUCAAGCAUCAAAAUUAUUAAGUAAAAAAUUGAUAAAAUAUAUAUCUGAAAGAUUUCUAUAUAUGUCUAGUUCCCUAAAAGUACGUGUACUAACUAGCUUUUUUUACUUAACUGAUCAAUUAAGAACUGAAAGUGAACGACAUUUAUUACUAAUUACAGCAAACGGUGAAAUUGAUGGUAAUGGAUGGGUAAAAAAAUUUAGCAGAAUUUUAAAACCAUUCAUUAAAACAGGAAUAAUUGAUAUCAAGGAUAUAGACAGUCAAACCAUGCACAGAAUAUUAAAUUAUAUUGAUCAAGAAAAUAAUAGUAAGAAUAGUAAGAAACACUAUAUUCAUAAUAAAAAGGAACUGGAAUACAUACAUAUGUGCGAUCCAAUAAAUGAAUUAAAAAAUUUAGAAAACAAAAACAUUAUACAUUUAGAUGAAUAUAAAAUGUUUACCCCUUCAAAGAACUUUGACUGUCUGCUCUCAUCGGUUAUUAAAAAAGGAAUAAAAGAAUUUAAAAAUUGA